CUCAUGGGAGACGGACAGGAAACAGGAAGUGGAUGUGUUUGUACAGGCGUGAGUGAUUUGUUAAGAGCAGGAUCACGCGCUCGGUGCGCCGUUUUUGGGGUUUAUUAUUAUUUGUAUUUUUUGUUUUGUUUUAAUUCAUUCGGUUGUUUUAAAUAAGAUAUGGGGUGUUUUUUCUCCAAAAAGUCAAGGAGAAAAUCCCCGGAUAAAAACCCGGAGGUGUCAACGAGCAAGACCGCGGCUGAACCCAACAACGCCAGCGGUAACCAGGAGGAACCCAAACAGUACAGCUGGGACAAACGGGAGAAGGUCGAUCCAAAAGACUUCACGCUGAGCGGGUUGAAGGACACCACUGUAGGACGUCUGCCCUCGACGCUGAAUGGUCAGCAGUUCGUCAUCCAGGAAUGCGAGAACUGCGACAUCUACGUGUUCGACCACUCUGCCACGGUCACCAUCGACGACUGCGUCAACUGCCGCAUCGUUCUCGGCCCCGCCAAAGGCAGCGUCUUCUUCCGGGACUGCAAAGACGUGAAGUGCGUCGUGGCGUGCCAACAGUUCCGCACGAGGGACUGCAAGAAAAUGGAGGUGUUCCUGUGCUGCGCCACGCAACCCAUCAUCGAGUCUUCGACCGGGAUGAAGUUCGGAUGUUUUCAGUACUAUUACCCCGAGCUGGCGUUCCACUUCAAGGACGCCGGGCUGAGCAUCUUCAACAACAACUGGAGCAACGUGCACGACUUCACGCCCGUCUCGGGAGAGAACAACUGGAGCCUAAUGGCAGAGGACGUCGCCGUGUCGGAUCACGUUCCUCUUCCGGAUCCCGAGUCGGAGUUUAAGGCCGUUCGCGUUUCCACCGAUAAGAACCGCAGCAUCGUUCCUUUGACCAAAGGAGGCAGGAGGAAGGAGAGCGAGGAGUCCUGCUUGUUCGUCUUCUUCGCUGGGGAUUACACCACGGCCAACGCUCGCAAGCUCAUCGAUGAGGCGACCACCAAGGGCUUCGUCCUGAUCCAGACCAAAGAGGUGUCCAUGCGCCCCGAAGACGUGAGCAGGGUUUUCCAGACCAGCGCAGAGGAGCUCGCCGAGUGGACGGCUAAAGGUCCCGUCGUGGCUCUCGAGCUGAACGGAGACGGUGUGGUGGAAGCUUGCAGGAUCAUCGCUAACGAGGUGUUCAAAGGAACGAAGGUGUUCGUUUCUGAGAGCAAAACUUCCGCCUCGCAGGACGUCGAGAACUUUUUCAACUUUGCUGAUAUGCAGCUGGGACUGUGACCCCGCCCCCGGAAUGAACGAACACGCCCCCUCCCCUCUUCACCCCUCUUCACACACUUUUUCCCCCAUGUUUGUUGGAUGAUACAGACUGAAAGUGACCUAGAGCCGACGGUCGAGUCGCGAACGUGACCACGCGGACGCAACUCUCACGUCUUCAGAGGUUGGUUUAAACCGGCGGUUCUCAGUAAUGGAUUCCGGGGACCUCCUGGGGUCAGGAUGAGUUAUAUCACAAAUGAUGAUAAUGAAAGUGAUGAUUUUAUUAUUUAUUGAAUAUUUUUAGUAGCUCUACUGUAGGUAUUGGUCCGGAAUGAAAAUCAAACCCAGAAUUUUUGUAUUUUUUCGGCGUUGAUUUUAGACAUAAAAUAAUAAAACAUUAUUAUUCGGUGUGUAUCCGAGGUUUAAAGCGGCCCAGCGCAUGUCUGAUUCACUUUCCGACAAUCCCAUAAACCUGACCCGACUAAAGACGACGAUUUAAAACAUCACAAUGUCUCCUUGACAGCAAGAUGAUUGAAAACCCCUCGGCUUAAACCCCUGUAUCGUGUUGUAUUUAACCGUCACUGCUGCUAAAUUGUAGAUUCUGUGUGUUUAUUCUGCAGGUUCGAUGUUUUUCAUACUGUUUCUAAUCACAACCUUCUUGAAUUUUGUAACACACUGGGGGUGUGUGUGUGUGUGUGGGGGUGGUGGGUCCAUGCUGGAAAUAAGUUCGAUAUUUGUCUGUAUUUGCAGCUCAUCGAUCUUUUACAUUUUUUUUAAAGAUAAUCCUAUUUUCUUUUUUUUUUUUUUGAUGCUGGAUACUGUUUUUUCUUUUUUUUUUGCUUGGACACUUUAUUCACUAAAUUUGCUGUAAGGAUAAAUCAUCCAAGUUAUUUAUAGAAAUGAAAAUCUAAAGCUGGUGUGUGUUGCCAAUCAGAUGGAGGUGAAUGUACUGCUCUGUAAAGCUGUGUCUUUUCCAUCUUCUCUUUUAUACAUUUAACUGCUGUGACCAAAAUCAGCUCGUUUUGUACAGAGGAAAAAAAAAGAUUGUAGUAUUUUAUUGGUACUUGUUUGUAUGAGCCAGUUUUGUAGAAAUGAAUGUACACUGUGAUUCAUCAAAAUAUAGAGUUUUAUUACUGUA